CGAUACGUGCCAGACCUAUCAUCCAAGGUUAUGAAGAACCUCCCGCUGAAUACUGCUGGUGAAAAAGUGUCUACGGCGUUUGCCGCUGGAUUGUUGGUUGGUGCUGCUGGUGUCGCAGCAGCGGCGCUCGCCUUGCGCGGACGGGUCGCCUUGGCUUCGCACCUCCAGCAAAAGGAGGGUGAGCUCGAGGCGAGAGCGGCCAAAAUCCGCCAGCUGGACAGGCAGGUUGCCGAGGAGGGGCGGCAGCGGGCCGAGGAGCGAAGAGGGCGCACCGAGGCAGAGAGACGCCUCCGCGCGGAAAAGCAAGAAAUGGAAGAGGAGGACGGCUACAAUUUCACGGCGAUCGGGACUAUCAGCACCCCGUUCAGAGAUCGAAGAGGAACGCCUAGGCAGGGGAGCAUAACGCCCCUUUCGAGGGGAAAGGUAACGCUGGACCGGGGGAUCGUGGGCUACCCCGCGCUGAUAGGAAUGACGGACUUUUCCCACAUCUGGCUCGUGUUCGUCUUCCACGACAACACCAACGCCACGGUCAACGGGGUUGCGGAGGAAAGACCGGCGGCGGCGGUGGCGGCGUCCGCAGCGGGGGAGGAAGGGGCGCAGGGGGAAGGGAAAGUGGCACCGGCGAAGGCGACGGGUUCGACGGAGGGCGUGAGGGUGAAGGGACAGUUGGAAAGGUGGGGCGGCGGAGCCAGGGAGUACCGGCGGCCGAGGCACAAGCUCAGGCAAACGUUCCUGACCAAAGUUUGCCCUCCUCGCCUGGGCAAGAGGAUCGGUGUCCUGGGGACGCGGAGCCCACAUCGGCCGAACCCCUUGGGCCUGACGAUGGUCAAGCUAGACGGGGUUGACUUGAAGACCAACAGCAUCACCGUCAGCGGCGUCGACCUGGUCGAUGGCACACCGAUCAUAGACAUCAAGCCGGUAGUCCCGCACGACGUCCCGCGAAACAUGCGCGUUCCCGAGUGGGUGGAGGACGACCCGUGUCUCCGGAGGGUCGUCUUCACGGAGGAGGCGUGCGAGGGGCUGUCCAAGUGCGUCGGGGAGGAGGCGCGAAAGAGCAAGAGCAAGUUCUACGGAGAUAUCGAAUCUUUCAAGGCCGCCGUCAGCGAGGUGCUAGUGCAGGACGUACGCAGCGUGCACCAGGGCCGCGGCCUUGCGAGCGACGAGCUGUACGAGUGCUGCUUCGACGGGGUCAUCAUGUUUUUCGUCACCACCGAACACGAAAUGCGCGUCGUGUCGGCGGGAUGAGACCCCAGGUUAAGGGUUGUAGGACUUGGUUGAGGUUGAUCAUCGGUGGUGCAACGCGACCUUGUCUCGACCUGGGAUGGGCGCGCGGCGGUUUGUCUUUUGCUGGCCACAUCAGCGGCUUGGUGUUGUUGCUGUGGACGGCACGGGGUUGGCGAGUCGUGUGUGAGGGUCGUAGUCCUUGUUGGAAAGGGAGGCUUUGCGUUGAAUGAGCGUAUAAUAAUCUUAUUUCCGACUUGUUUCGCGUUGUAGCAAUGUCCCACACGGACGGCGUUCCCUUCUCUUCUGUUGCUCAUUGUUCUGAUGCCUGUUUUCUUCUUGUUCGGACCUUCGUGCGAAGAUGCUGGGCUGGUGACGGCUUCGGCGGGCUAUCUACCACAGGUGUUCAAUAGAAGUAUUAUUAUCUGCAAUAGUAUACCCGCUCUCGUCAAGAACGAGUCUCGAAUGUU